AUGGAGGUGAAGAGUGCAAAAUUAGGUUACGUUGAGGCGCAAGAGAACGUAAUUCAUUCAGUAUGUUAUUACCAGUUCGUUGUAAAUGAUGAGGAAUGUGAAUCAGAAAGUGAAGCAGUUCGGAUUGGUUCCCGAAUGCUGACCGUGUACCACAAGGAGCUCGAGGACCUGCGCGGGCGAGACAACUUCAUUAUGAAGGAGAUCCGCGUCGACACCAUGAAGAGGAACGUGGAGCUGCUCGACCGCCUCACCACGCAGCUGCAGGACGCCAAGGCCGAGCUGCAGAAUCGAAUUCAGCAAAGGCACGUGUGUUCUCGGGGCACACUUGUGCGUAGAUUCUCGGGAGAGUUAGAACGCUCAUAUGAGAUGGGAUUAUUGCAUCCUCACUUCCACUCAGAAAUCGAGUGCAAUGUAAAUAUCACGUGCACUUCAGGCAACAAUAUUCAGUUGCAAAAGAUCUACAAAAUGGGCAUCAACGAGGAGCAGAGUCUGCUGAGCUGGGAGAUGACCAAAUUCCCGCUCCUGCAGGCGAUGGUGGCGCAGAAGGAGCCGUACGACAAACUGUGGCACACCACCUACGAUUUCCACCAGAAGUACGAGCAGUGGUACAACGGUCCCUUCGCCGGGCUGGACGCAGAGGCCAUCAGCGAGGAAGUGGAAAACAUGUGGAAGACGAUGUUCAAGCUGACCAAGACGUUCAUGGAUCAGGUUGGCUCUCGUCGCGUGGCAGAAUACGUUAAAGAGCGUAUCGAGAAAUUCCGUCUUCACGUGCCGGUCUUGCAGUGCAUUUGCAAUCCCGGCUUGAGAGAGCGACACUGGGACCAGCUGAGCGAGCACCUGGGGACGGAGCUGAACCUGGCCCCGGAGACGUCCCUGGGGGACAUGAUCGCCGCCGGCCUGCCCUCCGUGCAGAGGAAGCUGGAGGAGAUCAGCCACGCAGCCUCCAAGGAGUUCAGCCUCGAGAAGGCCCUCGAGAAGAUGAAGGGCGAGUGGGCCAGCGUCGUGUUCGAGUUCAAGCCCUGGAGGGAGACGGGCGUGAGCAUCCUGGCCGCCGUGGACGACAUUCAGGUGCUGCUCGACGAACACACGCAGAAGGUGCAGACGAUGCGCGGCUCGCCCUACGUCAAGCCGUUCGAGGCCGAGAUCCGCGCGUGGGAGGAGAAGCUGCUGUCCAUGCAAGACAUCCUCGACGCCUGGAUCAAGUGCCAAGUGACGUGGCUGUACCUGGAGCCGAUCUUCUCGUCCGAGGACAUCAUGAAACAGAUGCCUGUGGAAGGGCGCAAGUUCACCCGCGUCGACGCCACCUGGAGGGAGCUCAUGGGCACGGCGGUGAAGGACCCUCACGCCCUCGUCGCCACGGAGCAGCCUAACAUGUUGCCGAGAUUGCACGAAUGCAACCGCUUGCUGGAGGAGAUACAAAAAGGACUCAAUGAUUACCUGGAGAAAAAGCGCCUCUUCUUCCCAAGAUUCUUCUUCCUGUCCAACGACGAGCUCCUGGAGAUCCUGUCCGAGACGAAGGACCCCCAGCGCGUGCAGCCUCACCUCAAGAAGUGCUUCGAGGGCAUCAGUUCCCUGCACUUCUCGCCGCAGCAGGAGAUCGAGGGCAUGAUCUCGGCAGAAGGGGAGCUCGUCCAGUUCAGCAACCGGGUCAUUCCUGCCAAAGCUCGGGGCCUGGUGGAGAGGUGGCUGUUGGAGGUGCAGGAGAUGAUGGUCCAGAGCGUGCAGGACGUGACCAUCCGCGCCGUCGAGAACCAUCCACUCUCGGCCCACCAGCAGUGGAUUACGCAGUGGCCCUCGCAGGUGGUUCUCACGGUGGCUCAGAUCGUGUGGACGAGCGAGAUCACCAACCUGCUUCCCAAAGGAGGGCUGAAGGUAGGAUGGCGUGCGUCGGGAGGUCGGGGUGGCUGCUCUGGGCGCGAUGUAGUGCAGGAGCUGAUAAGGAAGAGCGUUUCGUCUGACAAGGACUUCUCGUGGGUGGCUCAGCUGCGUUACUACUGGGUAAACGAGCUCGUGCAGGUCGACAUGAUCACGACCCGCCUCCAGUACGGCUACGAGUACCUGGGCAACACCUCCAGGCUGGUCGUCACUCCCCUCACCGAGCGCUGUUUUAGGACUCUCAUGGGCGCCCUCAACAUGCACUUGGGCGGAGCUCCUGAGGGGCCGGCGGGCACGGGCAAGACGGAGACGUGCAAGGACCUGGCCAAGGCGGUCGCCAAGCAGUGCAUCAUCUUCAACUGCUCGGAGGGACUGGACUACAAGGCAAUGGCCAAGUUCUUCAAGGGUCUGGCCCAGAGCGGGGCGUGGGCGUGCUUCGACGAGUUCAACCGCAUGGAGCUGGAGGUGCUGUCCGUGGUGGGGCAGCAGAUCCUGACCAUCCAGGCGGCCGUGGCGAGGAGGGCGCAGCGCUUCAUCUUCGAAGGCGUCGACCUCGUGCUCAACAAGACGUGCAACAUCUUCAUCACGAUGAAUCCCUCUUACAUGGGGCGUCGCGAGCUGCCAGACAACCUGAAGGUGCUCUUCCGGACGGUGGCCAUGAUGGUGCCGGAUUACGUUCUCAUCGCCAAGAUCUCGCUCUUCUCCUUGGGCUUCGUGCAGGCCGACAGCCUAGCGAGGAAGAUCAUAGACACGUACAGGCUAUGCUCGGAACAGCUGUCAUCUCAGCAUCACUAUGACUACGGCAUGAGGGCGGUGAAGGCCGUGUUACUGGCGGCUGCGAACCUCAAGCUGCUUAUGCCUGACCUGCCCGAGUCCCAGGUCGUCCUCAGGGCCAUUCAGGACGUUAACCUCCCGAAGUUCCUCGCUCAGGAUAUCCCCCUCUUCGAAGGCAUUGUACAGGACCUGUUUCCCUCUGAGAAGGACAGCAACAUCACGACAGAUCCUGCGCUGGAGGCCGCUCUCAAGAACACUUUGGCUGAGAAUAACUUACAAGACGUCCCUUACUUCCGCGAGAAGAUGAUCCAGCUGUUCAACAUGAUCCUCGUCCGCCACGGAGUCAUGAUCGUGGGCGAGCCUCUCAGUGGGAAGACGAAGGUGUACCAGGGUCUGGCCAGCGCGGUGGAUAAGGUCGGCCGCGAGAGGAAGAUGGGCGACGAGCGCGGCGUCCAGUUCAAGAUUAUCAACCCUAAGGCGCUCACGCUCGGCCAGCUGUACGGGGCGUAUGACCCCUUUUCCCACGAAUGGUCGGACGGCGUGCUCGCGAAGACCUUCCGGGAGAUGGCGACGUCGAACUCGGAGGAGCGGCGGUGGCUGGUGCUCGACGGGCCCGUGGACGGGGCCUGGGUCGAGAACCUCAACACGGUCCUGGACGACAACAAGAAGCUGUGUCUCAUGUCGGGAGAAAUUAUACAGAUGCCAGGCAAGAUGAGCGUCAUGUUCGAGACCUCCGACCUGGAGCAGGCGUCGCCGGCAACCGUGUCUCGCUGCGGGAUGAUCUACAUGGAGAACAGGCAGCUGGGUUGGAGGCCGCUGAAGGACUCGUACUUGGCCGCCCUUCCCGUGGCCGUGACAGAUCCCGUGAAGGAAAUGGUGAACGAGGUCCUGGAGUGGCUCCUGCCCCCCGUCUACGACUUCGUGAGGAAGAAAUGCAAGUUUAUGAUCCACACUUCAGAGCUUCACUUGUUUCAGUCCUUCUCGCACCUGCUGGACUCCCUGCUGGACGAGGUCCGAGAAGCCGGGAAGCCCCUUGGUCCCAAAAUCUCAGAGGACAAGAUGACGACGCUCCUGCAGUCUCUCAUUAUCUUCACUAUCCCGUGGACCAUCGGCUCCACCAUCACAGGUCAGGGUCUCUGGGGGUCAAAUAUCGGCACGAGUCGACGCCUAUUCGACCAGUACUUCCGGAACCUGGUGCUCGGCCGCUACGAUCGCUUCGCCAAACCAGAUUGCUUUAAGCUGACGAAAGGGAUUUUAAGUACUGGAAUCGGUUUGAAGAUUGCUAUCAACUGUCAUUCCCCUCAAGUCCUACUUUCUCUUUCUCUUUCUCUUUUUCUCCCUCUCCCCCCCAGGAUGCUCCCCCCUGAGAGCGGUCUCGUAUAUGACUACCUAUACGAGCGAGAGACGCAACGUUGGGUACCCUGGUAUGAUACCAUUGAUAAGGAGAGACUCGUUAUCCCUCCCGACGCUAAGGUCUCGACGCUCCUGAUCCCGACGGCGGAGACAGCUCGCCUGGAGUUCUUCCUGAGGACCUGCCUGGACCACGACGUUCCCCUGCUGGUGCUGGGUCCCUCGGGCACGGGCAAGAGCGCCUCCACCACGAGCCUGCUGGUGGAUCUCCCGAAGGACAAGUUCAUCGUCAACAUUGUCAAUUUCUCGGCCAGGACGUCGGCCAGCCAGGCGCAGGAUAUCAUCAUGUCCAAAGUAGACAGGCGGAGGAAGGGCGUGUUCGGGCCGGCCAUGGGCAGGAAAUACGUGGUGUUCAUCGACGACGUGAACAUGCCGCAGAAGGAGCCGUACGGUGCGCAGCCUCCGAUCGAGUUCCUGCGGCAGUGGCUCGACCAUAAGCACUUCUACGACAAGAAGGAUACGUCCAAGAUCGAGCUGGUGGAUUCGUUAUUCGUGGGCGCCAUGGGGCUCCCGAGCUCCGGCCGCAACGCCAUCUGCGGGAGGUUCACGCGGCACCUCAACGUGAUCUGUAUCGACGAGUUCGACGACGCGACGCUCGACAAGAUCUACGGCUCGAUCGUCAAGUGGCACUUCGCGCAGCACGAGGACGCGGCCAUGCAGAGCCUCGACAAGGCCGUGGUGGAGGCGACGCGGCAGGUGUACAAGCGGACCACCACGACCUUCCUGCCGACGCCUGCCAAGAGCCACUACGUCUUCAACCUUCGCGACUUCUCCCGCGUCGUCUCGGGCAUCCUCCUCGUGCCCAACAGCGCCCUCAGCUCCUCGGAGAAGCUGGUGCGACUCUGGCUCCACGAGGUCUACAGGGUCUUCCACGACAGGCUGUGCGAUGACGAGGAUCGACAAAAAUUCCUGAGCAUCGUGCGCGAGGUGGCGGAGUCGGUGUUCGGACAGAAGCUGAGACACGUGUUGGGCCACAUCUCAACCGAAGGGGAAGACGAGGUCACGCCCGAACACCUCAGCCGCCUUAUCUUCGGUGAUUUCAUGAUACCUGAUGCGGAGACGAAGACCUAUGACGAGGUGAGGGACAUGGGCGACCUGACGCAGAUGACGGAGAACUACCUGGAGGAGCACAACGCCAUCAGCAAGUCGAGCAUGUCCCUGGUCAUGUUCCACUACGUAAUCCAGCACGUGGCGCGCCUCAGCAGGAUCCUGAAGCAGGACUCGGGUCAUGCUCUCCUCAUCGGCUUCGCGGGGUCGGGCAGGCAGAGCGCGACGAAGCUGGCGACGUUCAUGGCGAAUUACGAUCUGUUCCAGAUCAAGGCGACGAAGGGCUACGGCGUGGCGGAGUGGCGCGAGGACAUCAAGCGCGCCCUCAUGAAGGCGGGCGGCGAGGGGCGUCCCACCGUGUUCCUCCUGACGGACACCCAGAUCAAGGACGAGGCCUUCGUCGAGGACGUGAACACCCUCCUCAACACGGGGGACUUGCCUAACCUCUAUUCGAACGAGGAGAAGGCGGAGAUCCUCGAGAAGAUCCAGCUGGUGGCGAAGGAGGAGGGCAAGAAAAUGGACGCCUCGCCGCUCACUCUCUACGGAUACUUCAUCGACCGCGUCAGAUCCAACCUGCACCUGGUGUUGGCGGUCUCCCCCGUCGGCGACACCUUCAGGACGAGGCUCAGGACCUUCCCUUCGCUCAUUAACUGCUGCACCACCGAUUGGUUCACCCCUUGGCCCGAGGAUGCCCUGGAGCGCGUAGCCUACAGCCUCCUACAGGACGCCCAGCUAGAGCCUUCCCUUCUGCAGCGCUGUGUCGAGGCCUGCAAGUUCUUCCACCACACCAUGGACGUUCUUGGUGCCAGAUACUACGAGGAGCUUCGCCGCUGGUGUUACGUCACGCCGACGUCAUACCUCGAGCUCAUCCUCACCUUCAGGCAGCUCCUCCUCAAGAAGCGCUCGGAGAUCCUCAUGCUCAGGGACAGAUACGUAACGGGCUUGGAGAAGCUGAAAGAAGCCAAACUCUUGAUCACGGAACUGCAGGAGGAGCUGAAGAUGCUGCAGCCCCGCCUGGUGGAGACCUCGGCUAACACGGAGGCGCUCAUGAUCAAGAUCGAGCAAGACACCAUCCAGGUCGAGAGGAAGAAGGAGCUGGUGGCGGCGGACGAGGCGGUGGCCAACAGGAAGUUCGCCGACGCGCAGGCCAUCAAGGACGACUGCGAGAAGGAGCUGGCCAAGGCCGUGCCCGCCCUCAACGCCGCCACGGACGCCCUCAACACCCUCAAGCAGGACGACAUCCGCGUGGUGAAGGCCAUGAAGAACCCGCCGUCGGGAGUCAAGCUGGUGAUGGAGGCCGUGUGCGUGAUGCUGGAGGUGAAGCCAGAGCGGAAGCCGGACGCCACAGGAUCCGGCAAGAUGGCUGAGGACUUCUGGGCUCCUUCGCAGAAACUCCUCGGGGAUAUGAAGUUCCUGCAGAAUCUUUUGCAGUAUGACAAGGAGAAUAUUCCCACCAAGAUCAUCUCGGUUGUCAGGACGAAAUUCUACUCCCACCCCGACUUCGACCCCAAGAAGAUCCGCAUGGUGUCGAUGGCGUGCGAGGGCCUCUGCCGCUGGGUCCGCGCCAUGGUGGUGUACGACCAGGUCAUCAAGAUCGUGGCCCCCAAGAAGCAGGCUCUGGAGGCCGCCAACUACGAACUGGCGCUGCAGAACGAGAAGCUGGAGGAGAAGAGGAAGGAGCUGAGGGAGGUCACAGACAAACUCCAGGCCCUCAACGACGAAUUCACCAAGAAGCAGAAGGAGAAGAAGGACCUCGAGGAUUCCAUCGUCAGGUGCGAGCAGAAGCGAGACCGGUCCGAGAGGCUCAUCGGCGGCCUCGGAGGGGAGCGAGACAGAUGGAGCGACGCCGCCCAACAGCUGAGUGAGAGUUUGGAGAAUGUUGUAGGCGACGUGUUGAUUGCCGCUGCCGUCGUGGCCUACCUCGGGGUCUUCACCGUCGAUUACAGGGAGGAAUGCCUGGACAAGUGGCACCGCAAAUGUCAGGAGCUCGGGAUCUCCUGCAGUGCCAAGUUCUGCCUCUAUGACACCCUGGGGGACGCCGUGCAGAGCAGGACGUGGCAGCUGGCCGGCCUCCCCGUCGACGCCUUCUCGGUCGACAACGGCAUCAUCGUCGCUCACUCGCGCCGCUGGCCCCUCAUGAUAGAUCCACAGGGUCAGGCCAACAAGUGGAUCGUGAGCAUGGAGAAGGAGAACAAACUACUUGCGGUAAAGCAGACAGACCCAACGUUCCUGCAGGUGGUGGAGGAGGCGCUGCAGAAGGGUCUCCCGCUACUUAUUGAGGGCAUUGGGGAGACAUUGGACCCUGUGUUAGACAACGUGUUGCUGAAACGGACCUUCAAGCAAAACGGGGUCGACCACGUCGUCCUCGGCGACCACUCCGUCGAGUACCACAAGGAUUUCCGCCUCUACAUCACCACGCGCCUCGCCAACCCCCACUUCCUGCCCCAAGUCACCAAUAAGGUCGUCCUCCUCAACUUCCUAAUCACGCGCCUGGGCUUAGAGAACCAGCUGUUAGGGCUGGUUGUGGCACACGAGAGGCCGCAGCUGGAAGAGCGCAAGAACCGGCUGCUGGUGGAGUCAGCGCACAACCGGAGGGCGCUGCAGAAGACACAGGAGAAGAUACUCGAAGUGCUGUCCACCGCCGGCCAGAAUUUGCUGGAGGACGAAAAGGCUAUCGAUAUCAUGUCCUCUAGUCGGGUCCUGUCAGAGGAAAUCUCAGCGAAGGAGGAGAUUGUUCAGCAGACGGAGCUCGAGAUUGACGGUGCUCGCUCUGCCUACCAGCCUGUGGCCACCCACGCCUCCGUCCUGUUCUUCUGCGUGUCCGAUAUGGCAGCUAUAGAACCCAUGUACCAGUACUCUCUGGGUUGGUUCGUUAAUCUCUAUCUACAGUCCAUCAGAACUUCAGCCACGAGCGAGGACGUUGAGUCAAGGAUUACGCUACUAAACAUCCAUUUGACAAGAGCCGUCUUCCUCUCCGUCACUCGAUCCUUGUUUGAGAAAGACAAACUCCUCUUUUCUUUCAUGCUGUGUGUGAGGAUCCAGCAGGCGGAGAAUAAAAUGGCUGAGGACGUGUGGAAAUUCUUACUGCGAGGAGGCAGAGGCUUACUAGUAAACCCCCAGGGGGCACCGCCCGCACCCUGGCUCACGCAGAAGGCCUGGGUGCAGUUGUUCCAGGCAGGGCAAUGUGAAAGUCUGUCAGGUGUGCAUGACCACAUAGCCGAGCAUUCGUGUGCGUGGGAGGAAGUGUACAACUCCCCUGCGCCACAUCGAGCUCCUCUGCCCGCGCCCUUCCACGAGCUCCAGGGCCUUCCAAGGGUUGCUCUUGUCAAGUGUCUGCGCCCUGAUAAAGUGACACUAGCUAUCCAGGACCUUAUUGCAAACCAGCUGGGCGAGGAGUACCUGUCGCCGCCUCCCUUCAGCAUUUCGUCGUCCUAUGAUGACUCUACGUGCCAGACGCCGCUCAUCUUCCUUCUCUCGCCAGGCACCGACCCCCUCAUUGCACUCUACAGAUUUGCUGAGGAGAAAGAAGUUAACGAAGAGAGUCUUCAGGUCAUUUCACUUGGCCAAGGUCAGGGCGCGGUGGCAGAGGGAGUCAUCCAGAGCGGGGCUGAGCUGGGCUGGUGGGUCGUGCUGCAGAACUGCCAUCUCGCCGACUCGUGGAUGCUGCGUCUCGAGAUGAUCUGCGCCAGCAUCCUUACUGCGGAAUCCACUCAUCCGAGCUUCCGUCUGUGGCUCACGAGUUAUCCUUCGCCGUCCUUCCCUCUCUCGUUGCUCCAGGAAGGCAUCAAGAUGACCAACGAACCGCCUCGAAGCCUCCGCGCCAACCUCCUCAAGUCGUAUCACAGCGACCCCAUCAACGACCCGGCCUUCUUCGAGUCGUGUCCCAAGCAGAAGCAGUUCCAUCGCCUGCUGUUCGGUCUCUGCUUCUUCCACGCACUCAUCCAGGAACGCAGGAAGUUCGGUCCCCUUGGCUGGAACGUCCCGUAUGAGUUUAAUGAGUCCGAUCUGAGGAUUAGUGUGAGGCAGCUGCAGAUGAUGCUGAGUGCGAACGUGGAGGAGGCGCCGCCCCUCGAGGCCCUCACUUACCUGACGGGCGAGUGCAACUAUGGAGGGCGAGUGACCGACUCCAGGGACCGUCGCCUGCUCGUGUGCCUCCUCGCCAGGUUCUUUAAUCAGGAAAUCGUCGACGAAGAGGACUACAAGAUCAGCGCCCUGGACGAGUACCGUGUCCCGCCGGCGGGGAGCUGGCAGGACUACGUGGCCCACGUGAGCCGCCUCCCCCUGUCAGCGCCGCCGGCAGUCUUCGGCCUCCAUGAGAACGCGGACCUCGCCAAGGACCACAGGGAGACGGACCAGCUGUUCCGCGGCGUGCUGAGCCUGGAGCCGCACCUGAGCGGGCCUGCGGGCGGCGACGCGGCGGCCACGGUGCUGGACCUGGCGUGCGAGAUCCUGUCGCGCCUUCCGCCGCAGUUCGACCUCGCCCUCGCCGAGCGCAGGCACCCGCUCUGCUACAGGCAGUCGCUCAACACCGUGCUCAAGCAGGAACUCCUCCGCUACAACCGGCUCCUGUCGACGCUGAAGAGCUCUCUGAAGGCCGUGAAGAAGGCCGUGCGCGGCGAGAGCCUCAUGUCGGACGAGGUGGAGAGCACGUACCGCUCGCUGACGCUGGGCCUGAUCCCCGCCGCCUGGGAGAGCCGCUCGUACCCCUCCAGGAAGGGCAUCGCUCCCUACGUCAGUAACUUGCUUCACAGACUGAAAUUCUUCCGCCGGUGGAUAGAGGAAGCCAUACCUGACAUCUUCUGGUUUUCUGGCCUCUUUUUCCCUUACACGUUCAUGACGGCGAUUCGGCAGAACUACGCCAGGAAACAUAAAAUCCCCAUUGAUAGAAUUCACUUCCAGUUUAAGGUGAUGGACAAAGAAGUGAGCGACAUAAUCGGCGAGUGCAUCCGGCCGAACUUCGUGGAGCUGCCGGAAGUGAUCGAGCAGCUGCCAACGCCGGCGCUGAGGGGCCUUUGUCAGCCUCCGGACACCGACCGGGAAGACGAAUCGCUCGGGGAGGAAGAGGAGGCCGAAGGAGGCGACGGCGGAGGAGGAGCAGCAGGGGCCGGAGGAGGGAAGGACGGGAAGGGAGGAGGGAAGGAUGGGAAGGGAGGGAAAGGAGAAAAGGGAGAAGGAAAGGCGAAAGGCGACGACGGGGCAGGAGCGACGUCGGUACCCGAGAGCAAGGAGGGGCAGCAGGCGGACGGCGCGCAGGAGGGAGAGGGCGAAGAGGAAGCCCAGGAGGACGCGAAGGACGCCGGCCAAGAGGACGAGAGGGAGGACGACGUGAUUUACCAGGUCAUUCCUCGACAGGCGGAUGAAGGAAUGUAUACAUGGGGCUUCUUCCUGGAGGGCGCCCGCUGGGACCGAGAGCAGCGCUGCCUGGUGGACAUGGUGGCCAAGCAGCUACACGACCAGCUGCCCAUCAUCCUCUUCCAGCCCGCGCCCAUGCCCGAGGAGGAGGAGGAGGGAGGACCCGCCGCUGCCGAGGAAGAGAUCCCUGGCAUGUACCGCUGCCCCGUGUACCGCACCAGCGACCGCAGCGGCACCAUCUCCACCACAGGGCACUCCUCCAACUACAUCCUGGACCUCAUCCUGCCGUCGCAACUCCCGCAGUCCUACUGGGUCGCUCGGGGGGCCGCCGCCCUCACGCAGCUCGACGACUGAAGGAGGACGUCGACGGAGGGAGAGGAGAGGAGGAGGACUUGAUUAGAAGACGGUGUGCGCGCGCGCGUGUGUGUGUGUGUGUGUGUGUGUUUAGAUAUAGGUGUUACUGAAAUAGAAUAUUUUAUUCUUGUAUUAUGCUAAUGCUUGUUAUUAGUCAUACGUUUCGACUAUAUUCGCUUCUAUAUAUCAGAUAUAUCAGAUAUAAUCAGAUAUCAGAUUCGAUGAUAUAUUUUUAGAGAAUCCGUUAUUUGAUGCAUAAAAAAUAGAGCAUAUUAGUUAAUAAUUUGUCACAAGAUGAAGACCCGUAACACUACAGAUGCCUUUGAACAACAGAUUGCAAGAGUGACCAGAAGCAAGUUUCCCUAUCUUGUACAGCAAUUGAAACGCUAUGCAACCUUGUCUAGUGCUUUCAACAGUCCCCAUGCGAAUUAUUCUCCUUCUGUUGAUUUAGUAUUCUCACCUGUUACCUCAGAGUAAUAGUUGCUUGAAGAGGCUUAAUGUAAGAGGAAACAUCUGUACUCAAAUAACUUUACGUUUACUAUGCCACUUUCCUUAAUAAAAUCACUUACCUUUAUAAAAUCACAUAUCUUUAUAACAAAGGUAAGAGGUAGGAAGUCUUCGGCGCAGCUUAUAGUUAAUAUAGUUAGCAUUCUUUUUUUCAGAAGAGAUUAUGCCAGUAUUAUUCUAAGAAUUUUGAAAGAAAGUAGAGUACCUUUCAUGGUGGUUGAAUACAUGUAAUGUAUUGCUACCAGUUGAGACAGUCGAUUGUUUUACUAAAUUUUUGUCGUUUCAAUUGUCAAAUAAAUUGGUUUUAGAGA